UCCUCGAGGCGAUCCCCAAUACCUCUAUUUAUUCCAUUCCCUCACCCCCGUUUUGGAAUCUCUCUCCCCCUCUAAAUUCCCUUUUCCUUUCGUUCUUUUAGAACCCUAGAAAGAAAAACUCUUCUCUUUACGUCAAAUUUUCGUCGAAAUCCCACCGGAAUCACGCCGGAGUUUUCCAAGACCUCUCGCCAUGAAUCCAGAAUAUGAUUACUUGUUCAAACUUUUGCUUAUUGGGGACUCUGGUGUUGGUAAAUCUUGUCUCCUUCUAAGAUUCGCGGAUGAUUCAUAUUUGGAAAGUUACAUCAGCACAAUUGGAGUUGAUUUCAAAAUACGCACUGUGGAGCAGGAUGGGAAGACUAUUAAACUACAAAUUUGGGAUACUGCUGGACAAGAACGUUUCAGAACUAUCACCAGCAGCUACUACCGAGGUGCUCAUGGGAUUAUUGUGGUUUAUGAUGUAACUGACCAGGAGAGCUUUAAUAAUGUCAAGACGUGGUUGAAUGAGAUUGAUCGUUAUGCAAGUGAAAAUGUCAAUAAGCUUUUGGUUGGAAACAAGUGUGACCUUACUGCAAAAAAAGUGGUAUCCACUGAGACAGCCAAGGCAUUUGCUGAUGAAAUUGGCAUCCCUUUCAUGGAGACUAGUGCCAAAAAUGCUAUGAAUGUGGAGCAGGCCUUCAUGGCUAUGGCUGCAGACAUCAAGAACAGGAUGGCAAGCCAGCCGGCAAUGAACAAUGCUAGACCUCCUACAGUGCAGAUCAGGGGACAACCGGUUAACCAGAAAAGCUCUUGCUGCUCUACUUAGAGCUCUGGAUAGAUUGGCUAUAUGAAUGCGAAAAAGCUACCUUGAGUUUCCCUUAUGAUUCUUAAUUUGCUUUACUGUGUUAAUCGGACAACUGAUGAUAAUAUAAUACAAUUCUUUCUAGCUAUUUGUUUUAAAGCCUGUACAAAUUUCGAUUCAAAUAGUUGUAAUAUUUGCAAUAUGUGUCGUGUUGGCACUUUUUAAGCGAGAUUGCUGAGAUCCUAAUUAGCGUGAGAUAUGCAAGCAUAAUAUUUUUCUAGAAGAGGAGCUAUUGUUCAA